AUGGACCUUCAAAGAUUCGUGAGUGAUGGUCCCGAUAACUUUACUUCCAGGGAAUUCUGUGUUGCGCCUCAAAAUUCAUCUCAUAUUGAACAUCAAAGAAUGCACACCAAGGAAAAAUCUAGUGAAAGUAAUCAAUGUAGAAAGACUUUUAUGCGCAAGACUAGUCUUGCUGGACAUCAGAGAAUCCGCUCUGAUGAGAGACCUUAUGAAUGCAAGGAAUGUGGAAAGACAUUCAGUCAGAACUCCAAACUUGCUGUACAUCAGAGAAUCCACACUGGAGAGAAACCUUAUGAAUGCAACCAAUGUGGAAAGGCAUUCCGUCAGAGCUCCAGUCUUGCUAAACAUCAGAGAAUCCACACUGGGGAGAAACCUUAUGAAUGCAACCAGUGUGGAAAGGCAUUCCGUCAGAGCUCCAAUCUUGCUUACCAUCAGAGAAUUCACACUGGGGAGAAACCUUAUGAAUGCAACCAAUGUGGAAAGGCAUUCAGUCGGAGUGAGUAUCUUGUUCUACAUCAGAGAAUGCACACUGGUGAGAAGCCUUAUGAAUGUAACCAAUGUGGAAAGGCAUUCAGUAUGAGCUCCCAUCUUGCUGUUCAUCAGAGAAUUCACACUGAGGAGAAACCUUAUGAAUGCAAGGAAUGUGGAAAGACAUUCAGUCGGAAUGAGUAUCUUGUUCUACAUCAGAGAAUCCACACUGGGGAGAAACCUUAUGAAUGUAAGCAAUGUGGAAAGGCAUUCCGUCAGAGCUCCAAUCUUGCUUACCAUCAGAGAACGCACACUGGGGAGAAACCUUAUGAAUGUAACCAGUGUGGAAAGACAUUCAGUAUGAGCUCCAGUCUUGCCGUACAUCAGAGAACACACACUGGGGAGAAACCUUAUGAAUGCAACCAAUGUGGAAAGACAUUCACAGUGAGUAACUAUCUUGCUGUACAUCAGAGAAUCCACACUGGAGAGAAACCUUAUGAAUGCAACCAAUGUGGAAAGGCAUUCGGUAUGAGCUCCCAUCUUGCUGUUCAUCAGAGAAUUCACACUGGGGAGAAACCUUAUGAAUGCAACCAGUGUGGAAAGACAUUCAGUCGAAGUAACUAUCUUGCUGUACAUCAGAGAAUCCAUACUGGGGAGAAACCUUAUGAAUGCAACCAAUGUGGAAAGACAUUCAGUAUGAGCUCCAGUCAUGCUUACCAUCAGAGAACGCACACUGGGGAGAAACCUUAUGAAUGUAACCAGUGUGGAAAGACAUUCAGUAUGAGCUCCGGUCUUGCCAUACAUCAGAGAAUCCACACUGGGGAGAAACCUUAUCAAUGCAAUCAAUGUGGAAAGACAUUCAGUCAGAGCUUCGGUCUUGCCAUACAUCAGAGAAUCCACACUGGGGAGAAACCUUAUGAAUGCAACCAAUGUGGAAAGACAUUCAGUAUGAGCUCUAGUCUUGCUUACCAUCAGAGAACACAUACCGGGGAGAAACCUUAUGUAUGUAAUCAGUGUGGAAAAGCAUUCAGUGUGAGCUCCAGUCUUACAGUACAUCAGAGAAUCCACACUGGGGAGAAACCUUAUGAUUGCAAACAAUGUGGAAAGACAUUCAGUCAGAGCUCAGGAAGAGCACGGCACGGACAGCUGCGGCUGAAGUACUCCUUAGGAAAAGCAGCACACGUGGACGUGGACGUGGACAUGGACGUGAUGGAUGUGAGGAAGUAA